ACAUUUAUUAAUAUGUUACAAAUAUUAGUUAAAUGCGUGAUUGUUGACAAUUAGAAUCAACGAGAGUUGUGGUUAUACAGAAAUGUCACUCUAUGUCUACUCCGAUAAAUUUCUACACUCAUAAUCCUAAGGAAAUAUUCCAUACACAUGAUAACUUAUGUUGUGUACUGUAAUAUCUAAAUUUAAAACUCACUUGUCAUCAUGUUGGAAGGCCUUGUUGCUUGGAUACUGAACAAUUACUUGGGAAAGUAUGUGGAAAAUUUAAACACCGAUCAAUUAAGCAUCGCUCUACUGUCAGGUGAGGUGGAGUUAGAAAAUUUGCCUUUAAAACGAGAAGCUCUACGACAUAUCGGAUUCCCAGUUGAGGUCAAAGCAGGAUUCGUUGGUAAAGUUCGCCUGCAUGUACCAGUAACACAAAUCCGUACUGCACCAUGGGUGAUAGUUAUAGAACAAUUAUACCUAGUCGCAGGGCCAAUAUGCCUCGACGAGUACGACAACGAGGCAGAAGAACAUGCCGCCCAAGAAUACAAACUCGGUCGAUUAGAUAUGCUGGAGGCAAGGUGGCGGGCAGAUACAGAACGAGAACCUGGAUAUUAUGCUACCAGUUAUAGUUCUUGGCUAAACUAUGGUACAUCACUAGUCACAAAUAUAAUCGAAAACCUGCAACUAAAUAUAAAGGACGUACACUUUAGGUACGAAGAUGAUGUUACGCUGUCCUCGCAUGAUGGGACAGGAAUUGCAUUUGGCGUCACAAUAGGGGCAUUAACAACGCAGAGCUGUGAUGCUAGCUGGAUACCAGGCUCGACAUCUUGGAAUCUCGGGGAUGCUUCAUUUAAAUUAAUGGAACUUGGGGGUCUAUCUGUCUACUGGGAUCAUGUGAAAAAAGAAGAACUCCUUGGUAACUUAAAUCUUGGUGACUUAGCUAUUGCAAUGAGUGAGUCCAAAAAAGGAAAGCAUAAACAUAUUUUGUCUCCUGUAAGUGCACGGGCGCAUAUCAAGCGAGACAGAUCAGAAAGACCUUUACGAUCCAUAAAUAAACCAAGAUUGAUCGUUGAUUUGCUGUUGGAUCAGGUUCCUCUGUCUGUUAUUGAUUGGCAGUAUGAACAAAUUGUUAUGUGUAUUAAGAAAUUAGAAUAUAUUGAUCGUCAAAAGCAACAAAGACGUUGCAGGCCCAAUGUCUCGAUUAGUGAUGCUCCCAAAGAAUGGUGGAGAUAUGCUGCCCGCUGUCACAUAGGCAGAGAAGCUCUCAAAGUGAAGAUGUCGUGGGGAGAUAUCAUUGAAAGAGGCAAACAGAAUGUCCUAUAUGUUGAGGUGUGCGCAAAGCUAUUAGGUACUCCUACAACAAUCCUUACUCCAGAAACUAAGCAAUUUAAAGAUACUAUUGAAAUGGAACGCAGCUUUGAUGAGUUAAGGAUUUUGAGGGAGUUGGCAAUGGCAAGAGUGAGACCACCGAAAAUAUCACAGGCUAAUACACCUGCGUCACCACAAGGUCGGGGCAUGCUUGUGCAGUGGUUUCCCCAGUGGUGGGGCUGGUAUUCGAAAACAUCCAACAAUAAUAUUCAAAGUUCAUCCACAUUUGAAGGAGAACUUUUAGAUGCACUAGCUGAUACUAUGGACGAUGAUACUUUGAUACGAAGAGAUACUAUUUUUGGGCAAUUCAAUUUUACAUUAUCAAAGGGUGCGGUACGGCUCUGUACAUGUAAAUGUAACACAGAGGAUACUCAAACUGUUAUGGAAUUGCAAUUCGAAAAAGUUAAUCUUAAUUAUGAGUCCCGACCGAGAUAUGGGUCACACAAAUUUUCUAUAAGCUUAGGAGCUUUGUUUUUGCAUGACUAUUUGACGGAAAGUUCUACUUUUCCAGUGUUGGUACAGCCACAGACUGCAUCUGUUGCCACAAAUAGAUUACGAGGCUCUGCAGAUAAGUUACCAAUGCAGCCAACACAGCCCCUUUUCGAACUAAUUUACGAGAAAAAACCAUUUCAUACAAAUACAGAUCAUUCUCUGCAUGUCAAUUCCAAAUCACUCGAUAUUGUAUAUAAUCCAGUCGCAAUGCGUUGGUUAAUUGACUUCACUUGUAAACCGUACAGACAUGCAUCGAACCAAAAAUUACAAGCUAUGAAACGCAGAACACGUAAACAACUUAUGAAGAAUUGGGAACAAAUUUUAGAGGGUGAUCUAGUUCAUCGAACCUCGUGGGAUUUACAGUUUGAUAUCUCAGCACCACAAAUUUUGUUAGUCGAGAGAUUUACAGAUUCAAACGCUGCAGUCAUUGUUGUUGAUUUUGGAAGAUUGCAUUUGACUAAUGGUGCAGAAAAAGAUGAAGUGGUAAUCAGACCUGGGUCAUCAAACAGUGAUGAUGAUGAGAAAUUCGCAACACCUUGCUCUACUCCACCUGGAAGCAAAGAGAAUGGCUCAUUGCAAGAUCUUCAGGGUUUAUCAGAUGCAGUAUUACAUCAGAAGCUCUAUGAUCAAUAUUUUGUAGAAUUAUCAGACUUACAAGUUUUGGUUGGUAAAGUACGAGAUCAUUGGAAGCACGCACGCACCAGGGGAAUGUCUAGUUUACACGUUUUGGAACGAUUCAAUAUUUCACUUCAGAUUGAGAGACGUGUAGUAACAACUACAGAUCCCCAGUUCCCUUCCAUCACCGUGUCCGGCAAUUUACCCAGACUGGUUGUACAUGUGAAUGAGCAAAAAGUUGAAGCCAUACGUUCGAUGUAUAAUUUAUUGAUACAGUUAUCCAAUAUAUCUGAAAAUGAGAAGAGUAACACAGAAAGCUUGGAACCGGGAAGUCCGAAAAAAGAGGAAAGUCCUGACAGAACAUUAUCCCGGUUAAUGAUGAUUCAGUUUAUAAUUGAUCAAAUGACAUUUGAACUACAAUCAAGGGGGCGCAGCGUUGCAGAACUCCAAGUCUCUGGAGUUAGAAUUGCAUUGAGUAAAAGGCCAGCUGACCUGAGUGCAUCACUGUCGGUUCAUAGCCUGCUCCUUGUUGAUGCCCUUCAAGAAUUUGGACCGGAUUUCGAACUAUUGGUUGCUAGUCACAAGCAUGUAGGAAUGGAUAGUGUAUCAGGUAGCCUGCGAGACUCUGAACCGGUUUCUCCAACAUCACCAGUGUCGCCGGGAUCACCAGAUCCCACUUUACCUAGAAGAUUAACGUCUCCCGUUGCUCUGACUCGAGCUUUAUCCACACUAGUUAGGGACUCCAAGACCUCCAGUCCUCCAAAAACCAACUCCUUUAUUGGACUAGAUCAGCUAGAUUCGGAGGCUUUAAUUACCAUUGAGCUAGUCCUAGUAGAUGAUAUCUCAGAAAAUAUACGCGUUGCUAACAUACAAUUCAACAACUUGGAUAUAAUUGCCAAUCAAGAGACCAUAGUAGAGCUGAUAGGCUUUGUGAGAAGAGUGUUUCCUACGCAUAAAUCAAUUUCGAAACGCGUAGAAAGACUUGGUUCUUUAACAAGUCAAACUUCCGAAAUGAAAACAUUGACAAGAACAGAAAUCACGUUCGAUUUUCACAGAUUAAACGUAUUACUUCUACGAGCUGUUAUGCAAGACAGUCAACUGAUUGGUCAGAAGAUAGCUACAGCAACUAUGUCGGAUGCUAGAAUACAAGCAACUCUAGAUAGUAACGCUCAAGUUUCGGGAUCAUUAGGAGGCUUACAAGUACUGGACCAGACUCUGACAGGAAAAAUGCAUCAAAGAAUCUUGAGUGUUGGCAGAGAUCCGAUCGCCGACCCACCCCACCACCCAUUGGAGCAUUUUGCAAAUUUAUCUAGCCAACCAGAAGCCUUUCGAUUUUCCGUGAAUAGAAGCUAUAAACAACUAUCUCAGUUGGACAGUUUUGUAACAUUAGCUGAAGUAACCAUCCGCAUUGGAAGUGUCUGGUACACGCAUGCUCCUCAUCUAAUUUCUGAGCUACGUUCAUGUGCAGAUGAAUUCAAGCAAUAUUUUAGUAACUUUGCACGACAAAUUGGAGCGGCUGCUACAGACAUGGCUAUUGGAUUAGUCCAUGCAGAUGAAUGGGCAGCACCGCCUCGAAAACGUUUACCAAGCUUAUCUCUAGAGGGUACAGAUAAUUGUGGAUCACUGUGUUUAAAACUCGAUGCUGUCUUAGACAGUCCAGUUCUAGUACUACCACGAUCUUCUCAUAGUACCCAAGUAUUCGUUGCCCAUCUAGGCACAAUGGCUUUGCAACAUGAUCCGCCAAUUGAUUUGACUGCGAAGCAAAAAUUAACUUUGGAAGUGCGUGAUAUGAAUUUAUACUCCUUGGAUACUUCAUUGAAAGGUAAUUUGGUCACUGGAACUUCUCCAAUGAGAGCUGAAGAAAUGUAUUGCUGCAAGGAAUAUGGUAAACCCAUUUUACAUGAUACUGGAUUGAGAAUAGCUUUGGAGAAGGAACAUGCAAGUGUAGUCAUGACUCCAAGUUUUCCAUUAGAAUCUGAGCAUUCAAAUAAUCCUGUCAUCCAAGUCCGUGGCACUGUGGUAACUCCUUUAAAAGUAUCAUUAUCUCGAGGACAGUAUGAUCAACUUUUAGACACAGUUCAUAGAUUGGUAAACACUUCUAACGUAGAGCUAGUUCCAACAGAGCAAAAGAGUACAAGCGCCAAAGUAUCUAACUAUUCUGAGAGAUUUGACCUUUCAAUAAAGGUUUUGUUUGAACUGCCUGUGCUGAGUGUAGAAUUAAAGCAAGAUCACUUGGAACAACCUCUAGUGGAUUUGUCAAUGCAAGACUUUGUUGUCAAGUACGAAAAGCUAACGAAAUGUGAAUCGAUAAUAGAAGUAGCACUCAAAUCCUUACUCAUGGAAGACCUUUUGUGUCCAGUUGGAUCUAGACAUAGAUACAUGAUGCAAUCCUCAGCACCUAUUCGAGCAAAACUACCAGCUGGUGUCUCAAAGUCGUGUCCUGAUUUACCGUUUGUGCAGAGGUGGAAACACGAAUUUGGCAGGGGUAGUUUACCGGAUAGACUUGAAACAGAUACUCUUUAUGGAGCUGUACCUGCACAUUGGCGGAGACAACCUAUUUCACAGCUGGAUACACCAAAUACUCCACCACCUUCACCUGGAGCAAUAGUUACUGAAGGAAAUUUGGUAUUGAUUAACAUAACUAUGACACAAGUAGAUCCAAUGAUUGCAGAUAACAAAAUACAACGGAAAUCUAUCUGCGUUGAUUUUAACUGCUUGGAUCUGGUGGUUAGUGUUGAAUCUUGGAUGGUUGUACUUGAUUUCCUAGGAAUUGGAUCACCAGUUAUUUCGGAUCCCCAUGUAACUUUACAUGAAGAGUUUUCAGACGUUGAUCAAGUUGACGGAACUGAAGAGUUUCCUUUAUACUCUGAAAUAGAAGUUGAAAUAAAGUCUCUGACUCUAGUUUUAACACAAUUGGAAAGGGAAAUUGCAAAAGCAAAUAUAUCAAAUGCAAGUGUGCACAUUCUAAAAUCAAGCGACAGAACUAAAACAUCUGGAUCACUUGGAUCCAUGUCUUUAUUGGACUUGACUCCUCAUGGCAGACUUUAUCGUGAAAGAUUUUUGUCAUCUGGUAGGGAAGCGCUUAAUUUUCAGUAUUCGAGUUACACAGAUGCUCAAGAUAGACCCUAUGACGCACAACUGAAGUUAAAAAUGUCAGCAGUACAUUAUGUCCACACACAAAGAUUCCUAGCAGAGUUGCAGGCCUUUUUUGCACACUUUUCUCAACUAAGAACUGUCAUGGUUAAUCUUCGAAACGACGGAGGAACUGUACUAGAUGUGAACAAAAGAGAUAUGCGCUUGUCCUUGGAACUUCAUGCUGGUGCACCAGUUAUAUUGCUUCCUGUUAGCUCACGAUCAGAGGAAUUGAUUCUUUUGAACCUUGGAGAAUUGAGUGCUCACAAUUCUUUCAAAUUUGCCGAUAAAGUGAAAAGUUGUCUUGUAGAUGUAAUGCUACUGGAAUUAGUCAACAUGGAUGUUUAUAUGGCAAAAAGAAUAAAGUCUGACAAUCAUAAUCACAGCAUAGACGUUUUAACCAUAGGUAGUUUCUUAGUGGAAAAACUAGGUCCAUCCUUACUAACAGAAAAGUGCCACUUGAAGCUAGAAGUAGAAAGAAAUUUAGACACAUACAUCAGCAGGGAUUUUCCAGACUGGAGUGUCCAUGGAAUUUUGUCUACAAUGGAUUGUGCACUAGAUCCAGCCCAGUAUAUGUUGAUUCGUGGAUUACUUUCUUAUAACAUUGGUGAAAAUUUGGAUGACUUGCGGUUGUUGAUGGAAGAUCUGAAUAAUGACGAAUAUUUCAAUAAUCUUGAAGAUACGUCUGAGAAAGUAUGGACUAAGUCAUGUAUUAGCCUAGAAUUGGUUAAUGUUACUGUUGCAUUGCAUCCAAACCAUGGUUUAGCUGCUCUGGCAUGUGUUAACUUUAUAAAAUCGAGGCUUACUUUGGAUUCGUUGAGUGAUGGCUCACAAGACAUAGAUUUGGUUUCUCAAGAAAUUUUGGUAACUGAUACCCGAUUCCAAGAUGAACCUGUCAACCACCGAUCAAAUGUUUUCACGAGUAUUCUACAGCCUUUAAGGAAUUCAGGGAGCAUUGAGAAUCAUGUUCAAGCCGAAGUACAUCAUAGAAGACGAAGACAUAACGUAGCUACUACAAUCAUAUUACAUAGUAUGCGACUUACUGCAAUACUGGAUUGGUGGGAAGCAGUUAAAGACUUCAUAGUUUUGAACGCACCCGAACCUGAUCCAGUAAUUGGAAUUGUUUCAACGGUUGUUCUACAAGACAACGAUGAGACUAAUAUAGCAAACAACAUACCAUUUGAACUGAAACUCAAUAUUACAGAUUCUGAGUUAGUCAUUGUUGAGAAUACUGCACUCUGGGAUACCAAUGCGGUCAUAUUGAAGUCAACUACAGUCUUGGCGUAUAGAUCAGCACCCCAAUUUGGGGAAAAACCACUGUCUUGCAAUUUAUCGCGUUGCGAAUUAUUUUCUUGCAUUUUGGGGCUUGAAGAUGAAACAGCAUUGUCUAUCAUUGAUCCAGUUGGAGCGAGCUUUGACUUGACACAAGACAAGUGUUUGGAGAUACAACUGCAACCUUUGAGUGUGAGAUUAAGUUACCACGACAUUACAAUGUUCACUAGAAUGCUCCAUUCACUUCCCAAACAAACUUUGUGGGCUAAGCAACGGUCUAAUGGACCUCCAGCGAAUGCGAAGAGCCAUGUUAUGAAACUUUCUGCUCUUGGAUUUACAGAAACUGAUUGUGAAGCAGCUCUAGAUCGCUGUAAUGGUCAACUUGACGAUGCUGCUCUAUGGCUAACACAAAAUGCUGUCCCAAAUACUCAAGCCACUGCAAGUAACGUACUUUUUGUUCAAGAUAUGGAGCUACAAACUCCAUGUUUGAGAAUUUGUAUUAUAGAUGAUUGUAGAGAUGCUGAUGUACCUCUGUUAGAAAUUACAAUGUCAGAACUAUCUCUGAGACAAUCAUUACCAGGACCUGGGGUAGCAUCAACGAAUUUCAGUGUGGACUACUACAACCGAGUCUUGAGUGGCUGGGAACCAUUUAUAGAACCAUGGAGAGCUACGUUUCAAUGGGAACAAACGCUCACAAAUUCAUUAGCCUUGAAGAGAUUCCAAGUUUCAAUUAAUUCUGAGGAUUCAGUUAAUGUUAAUAUAACGUCAACUUUGGUAGAACUUGUAAAAUUGGUUAAAGACAAUUGGAUGCAAGAUUAUUACUUGUCUAAUAAAGAUUCAGCAUUGAGCAAGUCAUUUGGAAGUCCUCCAGGAUAUCGCAGACGAUCACCCUUUGUUCCAUUUGCACUAAAAAACGAAACUGGGUCUAAAUUGUGGUUUAAAACCAUUAUUGCAACAGCAGAUACCGUCAGCGAUUUUACUGGUACUUCAAAAGCAAAUAAUAUGCUGGAACUAGACAUGACUUGGGUCGAAGUUUCUCCAGGAGAAACAAUUCCCUUCACAUUUGAAGGUAGAGGAAAGUUGAGGCACCAUUCUACACAUAUAGUCAGACGACAUCAAGUAUCUGUUCUAGUGGACGGUUGGAGACCAGUGGAACCUGUCACUGUUGAUAGAGUUGGAGUUUACUUUCGUCAUGCAAAUGCAGAUAUUAUUGGUAGUUCACAGUUACAAUUUAUGACCCCAAAAGCUAGAGUUGUUUUUGCAGUUGAAUUGGAAGGAUCAGCACGCAAACUUGUGACUGUUAGAUCUGCUCUACAAGUUAUCAAUAAACUGGACUAUGCUGUGGAAAUUAAACUGGAAAAACCAGUCAAUCACCAUGGAAUUCCUUUGGUGGGUCCAACUAUAAAUGGAAAAAUAUUGCAAGUGGCUGCGAAAACAGUGGUAUCAGUACCACUGAUGCAUACGGGAGCACAUAUGUGGCUGAGGCCAAUAUAUCCAAACCGGUUGUUUCAGUUUUGCAUAGAACCAAUUGAUUGGUCAAUUGUGAGGAAACCAUCAGAAGUAACUGAAAUUCAUACCACUUGUAAAACUAAUCAAAAUCAUGUAUUCAGAAUGUGUGUUGCUAUAAAACGGGAUAACUACCCCCCUGAUGCAAGUCAAACAGCUCCAACAAUUCCAGCACAUACCAUUCUAUUCCUGGCUCCUAUCACUUUAACUAAUUUACUUCCACACGAGAUAGCAUACACUGCUGGAUCCGAAAGUAGUAGAAUUCCUCCCGGCAGCAAUGCUGAUCUACAUAUUUCAAAUAACGAUGGACCAUUGGAAAUAAACAUUCAAUUGGAAGGAUAUCCAGGUGUUGGAACGCUGUUACUGCCGCAAAACAGUACCUCUUUUACGGGUCGAAUGAGGCUGACGGAUUCUUCUGGCAGAAUACUAUUUUUGUAUGCUGCUGUUGUCGUGGAAAAAGGCUCGGCAUUGCGAAUUAAUAUCACUGCGCCAUAUUGGAUCAUAAAUAAAACAGGAUUACCAUUGGUUUUUAGACAAGAAGGUGUAGGUGUAGAAACAGCUGGUCAGUUUGAGGAACAUGAAAGAGCUAGAAUGGUGGCUCCAUUAUUGUUUUCAUUUAGUGAUGACGAAGCAAGCAGAACAUUAGUUGUCAGAGUCGGAACUGGUGUUCAUCCAUAUGGAUCUCCGCAAUGGUGUCAACAAUUCCACUUGCAACUCGGUGUUCAAGUACACCGCCUGAGGGUCAGCUUACGUGAUGGAAGACCAGACAUUGUAUACUUAAUUGGUGUGGCAACUAGAGCUGCACGAGGCAGAUAUAGUGCUACUACCGUUGUUACACUAUCACCCAGAUACCAGUUGCACAAUAGAUCAUCCUGUACCUUGGAAUUGGCUCAAAAGUGCUUCACUACUACAGUGAGCCACCCAGACGCACAAGCAACGUAUAUAACAGCAAUGCCAGACUGUCAUAUGCCGUUCCACUGGCCCAGAUUGGAUAAAGAUCAACUUUUGUGUGUGCGAGUGAUUGAUGUAACCGACUGUAUGUGGUCUGGAGGGAUUAGAUUAGAUGGUAAUCAUUCGCUGACAAUCAACAUCAGGGAUGCUGCAGGAAAAAUGCAUUUCUUACGAGUUGAUGUAGUCCUGCAAGAGAGUACGUAUUUUGUUGUAUUCACGGAUGCCGACACCAUGCCGCCACCAAUCAGAGUUGAUAAUUUUUCUGAAGUACCGCUGGUCAUUAACCAAACAGGAGUAGCAGAGAGCCAACAGUGGACUGUCAGGCCGCACUGUUCCGUGCCUUAUGCAUUAGACGAGCCAAUCCAUUCAGCUAGUUUAACAGUAACUGCCCCCGGAGGUGUUACAGCAUCAUAUGAUCUAAAUAUUCUUGGAGAAACUGGAGGAUUGACAUACGAAAAUUUCAUCUACAUUGCCUUCACAGGGACUUUCAAAGCUGAUGGUGAUAUAAGUUCAAGAGAAAAUGGUGUCGAUCCUUUGGACGUAGAAACGCAGAGCCUUGUAUUAGAAGCUGGCCCUGGAGGUUGGGUAGCUCUGCGUCGAAAGCAAUAUGGAGCAAGAUCCCAACUUUGGAGAAUGACUAGCGACGGCCAGCUGCAGCAUGAAGGCUCUAGUCCACCUAGAGAUAAACAUGCUAGAGCACCAGACACAGUACUAGUUUUGGACAUAGCUGGGACCGCACCUCAACCAUUUUCGUAUUGUGCUCUCGCAUUGCGGAGGCCAGAUCCACGUCGGAGAUCCACUCAAACUUGGCAGUUCACAGAUGACGGAAGAUUAUGUUGCGCUCAUCAAAACAUGUGUGUUCAAUCUAAAGAUGGGUUUAUGGGUUUGCAUGAAGGGCGCGGCGUUGCCCGCUGGCAAAUGUGGAGUGAAGCUGUUCUUGGUCCGCAAAUGCAUGUAAGCCCACCCCCAAUUGAACAAUGCGUUGGUAGGCAAAGAUUGCGCCCUGGGUCGGGCUUUUUAUCAGUUAGAGUUUCAACUGAUGGACCUACGAGAGUAUUACAAGUUUUGGACAUCAAAGAAAGAAAAAAAACUUUUGCGCUACUCGAAGAACGCGAUUGGUCGCAUAUUGCAGUAACUCAGCGACCGACACAUAUUGGUCAAAGUGCUCCAAAUGCAGAUACUUGGGAAUUACAGCUAAGUGUCAGAUUACCAGCUGGAUUAGGUCUGUCCAUAGUAUCACGCAGACCAGCGGAGGAAUUAUUAUUUGCUAGAUUGGCUGGUAUUGCAUUGGAGCUUAUGCAGACGCCGGCGAGUACUGCAUUGGAAUUAAGUGUGGAAGAUGUUCAGGUUGACAAUCAAUUAUUCGAAGCCCAAUGUUCAACUGUAUUGUACAUCACAAGAUCAUCUCGCGCUGAUAUCGAUAGUCGACCAGCGAUUCAUGUAGCAUCCGAAAAAUUACCUUCAAAAAAUCAAAAUGCUGAGAUUUAUAAACAUUUAAUAGUUAGCAUCAAGCCGCUUUGUAUGCAUUUAGAAGAGAGAUUACUGCUGAGGCUCGCCGCAUUUGUGGGGGCUAGCAAAUCUGAAUUAGACGCACCAAUGGAUGAAAAUGACUUCAAAGCACAAAGAUUUAUUUCAGAAGUUUCUGCUGCACAUGCCACAAGAUAUUAUUUUGGAACGUUGAAGCUGGUGCCCAGUCAAGUGAGAUUAAGUGUUUUAACGACAACUAAACUACCUGCACAACUUCAAGCUAUUAAAAAGAAAUUGGGAUUGACAUUAAUUAAAUUUGAAGAUGCCACAAUUGAACUAGAACCAUUUAUUAAGAAACAUCCCUUUGAGAGUAGCCAAUUUCUUAUGCAUUCUAUACUAAAACACUAUAAAGAUGAGUUAAAAUGGCAAGCUGCUGUUAUCUUAGGAUCAGUGGACUUUCUGGGGAACCCAUUGGGUUUUGUAAAUGAUGUCUCUGAAGGAGUAUCAGGACUUAUAUACGAGGGCAGCGUGAAAACAUUAGUCAAAAAUGUCACCCAUGGUAUAUCAAACUCAGCAGCCAAAGUUACGGAAUCUUUGUCUGAUGGGUUAGGUCGAGUUAUACUUGAUGAGAGACAUGAAGAAGCCAGACAAAGAAUUCGGGCUAAUACUACUGGGAGUAGCGACCAUAUAGUAGCCGGCUUAAAAGGUCUUGGAUUUGGUUUGCUGGGGGGUAUGACCAGCAUUUUCAAACAAACAUAUGACGGCGCUUCUACUGAAGGUUUCCCUGGAUUCUUCACUGGUUUUGGGAAGGGUGUUGUUGGAACAAUUACAAAACCAGUUGUAGGAGUGUUGGAUCUGGCAACGGAAACAGCUAGUGCUGUUCGAGAGACUAGUAGAAGUGCGCAUCGUGCAAUACCAAAGCGAGAUAGACCUCCACGGGUGGCUUCUGGUCCCGCUGGCCUUCUCCCUCCAUACAAUAGUCAUCAAGCAGAAGGGCAGGAGUUUCUUUACAGUAUAAAUAAUCAUAAUUAUUCAGAAAUAUUUGUAGCCUACGAAUGUUUACGUAGUGGCAGUGAAGACUUACGGGUUUUGGUAUCGAAUGAAAGAAUCAGAGUUAUAUCUGGUGGUACCAAAGGUGUCGUUACUGAAGUGAGUUUAGCAGACUUGGUUCAUUGUCAACCGACUCAUAAAAUCGAAAGUAAUGGGACAACACUAUACUAUAUUGAGUUGACAUCGCGCACUGAAUCUGGAGCACUUCUUAAUGUGGAUGGGCCUGAAUUACUGAGAAGACCAAAAGUUAGAUGCGACAGUGAAGAAGUUGCAAAAUGGGUCUCUCAGCAGAUAAACUAUGCCAAAGGAAUGCACGAGGAACGAAGCUUGACUUUAACUUCCUCGGACAAUAUGCUAGAUGACAUGAGAAGUUAUAAGUGAUUUCAUAUGGCAAUAAGUUUUUUAUACAGUUAGAGUUUUUUAGUAAUUCUUUCUAUUCUGCUAUUGUAAAUUAUUUCUUAAUUUAUUAAAAUUAUAAUAUAUAAGAGACUGAUCUAAAACUGGAAUAGUAUUGUGUGAAGUAAUAAAUUUUUAUUUGAAUAA